UUGCGCAUGCGCGAUUGGACAGGAAGUUUUUGGCCAAAAUGGCGGACUUUUUGAAAGGUCUCCCAUCCUACAAUGAGAGUAAUUUUGCUAAAUUCCAUACUGAUUCGGGGUGCAAAACCAGCAUUGGUAGACCUACCGUGUACAUCUCAACCAAAGACUAUCCCUCUGAGCAAGUGAUCACAACGGAGAAGACCAACAUCCUCCUCCGCUAUCUUCACCAACAGUGGGAUAAGAAGAAUGCCAGCAAGAAGAGAGACUCUACCAGGGCCAGUCUUGAGACCCCAGAGGGCAACUCUCCCAGUAAGAUGCCACGGUUAUCAUCCACUGAUGACAACUCCUAGUGCUGCCUGUGUAUGUGUGGUAGGACAACUGCAACACAUCAAUGUUCUCAGCACUGCCUCGUGGAGCAAACACUGUCGGUUGUCUGUGUCGGAAGAUGGAUUUUUGGGAAGUUGUAUUGAAAUAUGCCUGUUACAGUAAUGACUGGUCAGGCAUACUGGGCAUUAAGAUGGCAGCAGGAAGUUGCCAUAGUGUUGUGUAUUUGAUGAUGUUUAGUUGAGUGGGGGACAAGUGUUUGAUGUCACAUGGACAUGGAAGUUAAAAAGUCUGGAGCUCCACCAGAACAUUUUAAUUAAGCAGUGAGUGUAUAGGAUCUGGCAGGUUUGGACAGGAUUUAAGUGAAUGUUGAAUGGAGUUCAGCAUGAGCUGUUUUUACCUGAUCUUAUUGCUUCAAAGUUGCGCCAUUCUUCUUUCUUUGUAGUGCUGACAAAUACCCCACUUGGUCUCUUUUCUGUCUGAAGCUGCCAUACUGGCAACAUGUUGGUGUAUUGCAUUCGUGGUAAUGUGAGAUCCCUAUAUAAUCAGCAAGAAUUGUAUACGGUUUCUCAAGAUGCAUGUCAUCAGUUUUACAUAAAGUUUUUAAAGUUAAUUUUGCAGAACACGAACCUGCAAUGAGUUAAGCUUUGUGUUUGGCUGUUGAAAUAUAAAUAGUCAAAGCCGGUCAAUUUUUAUAUCAAAUUUAAAAAUCAACCAGAAAGUUAUACCUCCUAACAUAAUUGUUGCUGAAAACAGGGUGAUAUGUAUGUUAUUCAUUUACCCCAGACCUCUGAGAUCUGAGUUUGCGAGACUAAAUGUGUUCCGCUUGUUGGAUGGAGCAACCUCAUGGCGAAUGUCAGGGAUUCUUUCAUUUGUUUAAUGAUAGUGUGGUGAAAAUAAAACCUUGACUGAGGAAUAUUAAUGUGUACUGGCUCUUAUUAUGAUUUUCAUUGUAAAUAUCUUUGUAUAUAUUUUCUUUGUACAUAUUAAUUCUGUAUUAUUUGUCCUGUAACAGAUGUUUGUUUUAGACCAGGAACAUGAACAUUGUAUGUUACAAAGCAUGGCAACAUGUAGAAUAACAAUUCCCACCAGUGUUAUCAACUAGCUGUCUGUUGUAGCAUUUAUCAGGAGGUAGCAACAAGCAGCCCCUAUCUCAUUCCAACCCCAAUGUUACUUGAUCAGGAACUUGGAUUAUGACCACAGGAAAUCUGUUCCAAUCUGUUUGGAGGUAGCCUCAUCCUAAAUAUCUAUUCUAUCCCAGCCCAAAUUGUGUAGUAAGUACAUAAGUACAUAAGUGAUCUAUGACAGUUCAUGAUGUCAGUGACCUCACGUUCUUUGACCAGUCAAUGAGAGCCUGUUGGUGUCUGUAUACCAGUCAAUGUGGGCCUGCUGGUGUCUGUAUACCAGUCAAUGAGAGCCUGCUGGUGUCUGUAUACCAGUCAAUGAGGGAUUGCCAUGUCUGUAUACCAGUCAAUGAGGGAUUGCUGGUGUCUGUAUACCAGUCAAUGAGGGAUUGCUGGUGUCUGUAUACCAGUCAAUGAGGGAUUGCUGGUGUCUGUAUACCAGUCAAUGAGGGAUUGCUGGUGUCUGUAUACCAGUCAAUGAGGGAUUGCUGGUGUCUGUAUACCAGUCAAUGGGGGAUUGCCAUGUCUGUAUACCAGUCAAUGUGGGCCUGUUGGUGUCUGUAUACCAGUCAAUGAGGGCCUGCUGGUGUCUGUAUACCAGUCAAUGGGGGAUUGCCAUGUCUGUAUACCAGUCAAUGAGAGCCUGCUGGUGUCUGUAUACCAGUCAAUGAGGGCCUGCUGGUGUCUGUAUACCAGUCAAUGGGGGAUUGCCAUGUCUGUAUACCAGUCAAUGAGGGCUUGCUGGUGUCUGUAUACCAGUCAAUGAGGGAUUGCUGGUGUCUGUAUCCCAGUCAAUGUGGGCCUGCUGGUGUCUGUAUACCAGUCAAUGAGAGCCUGCUGGUGUCUGUAUACCAGUCAAUGAGGGCCUGCUGGUGUCUGUAUACCAGUCAAUGAGGGCCUGCUGAUGUCUGUAUACCAGUCAAUGUGGGCCUGCUGGUGUCUGUAUACCAGUCAAUGAGAGCCUGCUGGUGUCUGUAUACCAGUCAAUGAGAGUCUGCUGAUGUCUGUAUACCAGUCAAUGAGGGCUUGCUGAUGUCUGUAUACCAGUCAAUGAGAGUCUGCUGAUGUCUGUAUACCAGUCAAUGAGGGCCUGCUGGUGUCUGUAUACCAGUCAAUGUGGGCCUGCUGGUGUCUGUAUACCAGUCAAUGAGGGCCUGCUGAUGUCUGUAUACCAGUCAAUGAGAGCCUGCUGGUGUCUGUAUACCAGUCAAUGAGGGAUUGCUGGUGUCUGUAUACCAGUCAAUGAGGGCCUGCUGGUGUCUGUAUACCAGUCAAUGUGGGCCUGCUGGUGUCUGUAUACCAGUCAAUGAGGGCCUGCUGGUGUCUGUAUACCAGUCAAUGAGAGUCUGCUGAUGUCUGUAUACCAGUCAAUGAGGGCUUGCUGGUGUCUGGAUACCAGUCAAUGAGGGCUUGCUGGUGUCUGUAUACCAGUCAAUGUGGGCCUGCUGGUGUCUAUACCAGUCAAUGAGGGCCUGCUGGUGUCUGUAUACCAGUCAAUGAGAGUCUGCUGAUGUCUGUAUACCAGUCAAUGAGAGUCUGCUGAUGUCUGUAUACCAGUCAAUGAGGGCUUGCUGGUGUCUGGAUACCAGUCAAUGAGGGCUUGCUGGUGUCUGUAUACCAGUCAAUGUGGGCCUGCUGGUGUCUAUACCAGUCAAUGAGGGCCUGCUGGUGUCUGUAUACCAGUCAAUGAGAGUCUGCUGAUGUCUGUAUACCAGUCAAUGAGAGCCUGCUGGUGUCUGUAUACCAGUCAAUGAGGGCCUGCUGAUGUCUGUAUACCAGUCAAUGAGGGCUUGCUGGUGUCUGUAUACCAGUCAAUGUGGGCCUGCUGGUGUCUGUAUACCAGUCAAUGAGGGAUUGCUGGUGUCUGUAUCCCAGUCAAUGAGAGCCUGCUGGUGUCUGUAUACCAGUCAAUGAGAGCCUGCUGGUGUCUGUAUACCAGUCAAUGAGGGCCUGCUGGUGUCUGUAUACCAGUCAAUGUGGGCCUGCUGGUGUCUGUAUACCAGUCAAUGAGGGCCUGCUGGUGUCUGUAUACCAGUCAAUGAGAGUCUGCUGAUGUCUGUAUACCAGUCAAUGAGGGCUUGCUGGUGUCUGGAUACCAGUCAAUGAGGGCUUGCUGGUGUCUGUAUACCAGUCAAUGUGGGCCUGCUGGUGUCUAUACCAGUCAAUGAGGGCCUGCUGGUGUCUGUAUACCAGUCAAUGAGAGUCUGCUGAUGUCUGUAUACCAGUCAAUGAGAGCCUGCUGGUGUCUGUAUACCAGUCAAUGAGGGCCUGCUGGUGUCUGUAUCCCAGUCAAUGAGAGCCUGCUGGUGUCUGUAUACCAGUCAAUGAGAGCCUGCUGGUGUCUGUAUACCAGUCAAUGAGGGCCUGCUGAUGUCUGUAUACCAGUCAAUGAGGGCCUGCUGAUGUCUGUAUACCAGUCAAUGAGAGCCUGUUGGUGUCUGUAUACCAGUCAAUGAGAGCCUGUUGGUGUCUGUAUACCAGUCAAUGAGGGAUUGCCAUGUCUGUAUACCAGUCAAUGUGGGCCUAUAUUGCUAAAAGUGGCGUAAAACCAUACUCACUCACUGUAUUCCAGUCAGGGGGAACCUUUUUGAUGUCUUUAUUCCAGUUAAAUGAGAGCCUUCUGAUUCCCUUGUGCCAGUCACAUAGGAGCCUACUAGAGUCAAAAUAUCCAGUUUGAAUGAGGGCCUGCUGAUGCCAAUACUGGUCAAAAAGAUCCUUUCACAUUCACUUUUUACACAACUGAUAUUGAACAAGCAUGUGCUUAGCUGAAGCUCAUCUACCAGAAUCAUAUUGAUUCUGGCCACAUUUAUCUAACUAAAUUUGAGGAUUGACCACCAGGGAAAUAGGUUGCUAAACCUGACCAUGGACAGCAGAUCCAGAACAUAUCACCUUCCCUGAUGAAGCUGUUCUCUCUUCAGUUGCUGACAACCUAUUCAAGCCUGUCACUGGUUACUCCCAUUCUAUUGAACUCUCUUAUCAUAGGCUCUUUCAGUAAAGGGUCCAUUCCCCUUGGAACCUGUCUCUCACAGCAUUGGCUCCCCAUCCUGAUCAAGCCCAUUCAAGAAUCUCUUGUCAGUUGCUUCCUUCCCAUUGAAGGUUGUCUGUCAGAGCACCACAACCUCAUCCAAUAACUCUAUAAUCAGUGGCACAUGUCGAAUGUGAAGCCUUUAGGCCAAGUCUACUGUCACCCAUCCAGGAAAUUAGAACGAUGUGUUCAUUGGAUCAGACAUUGAUUGGCCAUGUAUAUAUAUAUUCACAUUGUUCGGUCUAUCAGUUACUGUUAUGAUUGCUUACAAUUUGUUAAAUUUCAUUUCUGCCAGAAACAUGCGAUUUGUAUUGUAAUCAUAUGUAAAUUCUUUCAUUUACUUGUAUUGUGCUGUCUCUGUCACCAUUAAAACUCUCUGUAAGA